AUGAACACAACUGGUUAUGACUGCCCCUUCUCCCAGGUUUUUCCGCAGCACCAUGGGGCUGUGACACAGUCUCCCAGAGGCCCCCACUUCCCUCCUCCCUUCCUUAAACAGAGCUCGGCUCUGGCUCUCGGACAUUGCAUUUCCUGAGAGGUGAGACGGCACAGCUGAGCCCUGGCUCCUGCUUCUGCUCCAGCCGAGAUCUGCCCGCCAUGGCUCUGGUGCUGAUCCUCCAGCUCCUGACCCUCUGGCCUCUGUGUCAUGGAGACGUCACUCCAGCUGGCUCCCAGGAAGCCCAGGGACCCAGCAGCCCUGUUAAUUCAGUCCCCCCAGCCUUAUCCCUCAAGCCAUCGCUGGGGGCUCAGCCUGCCGCAAUUGUAACCCCUGGGGUCAAUGUGACCUUGAGGUGCCGGGCACCUCAACCUGCCUGGAGGUUUGCACUCUUCAAGACUGGGGAGAUCACCCCUGUGCUGUACCGGGAUGUGUCCAUGGAGCUGGCAGAGUUCUUCCUGGAGGAGGUGACCCCAGCCCAGGGGGGCAGUUACCACUGCUGCUACAGGAAUCCAGGCUGGAAUCUGGGUGUCUGGUCUCACCCCAGCGAUACGCUGGAACUGCUGGUCACAGACCAGCUGCCGCCCCCGUCGCUGGUGGCACUGCCCGGGCCGGUGGUGGCGCCCGGAGCCAACGUGAGCCUGCGCUGCGCGGGCCGCCUGCGGGGCAUGAGCUUCGCGCUGUACCGCGCGGGCGAGGCGGCGCCGCUGCAGUACCGCGACUCGGCCGAGCCCUGGGCCGACUUCCCGCUGCCCGGCGCCCGCGCGCCCGGCACCUACAGCUGCUACUACCACACGCCGUCCUCCCCGUACGUGCUGUCGCUGCGCAGCGAGCCGCUGGUCAUCCGCGCCGACCACGGCUCAGGCUCCUUGGACUACACGCAGGGCAACCUCCUCCGUCUGGGGCUGGCCGGCCUGGUGCUCAUCUCUCUGGGCACACUGAUCAUUCUUGACUGGCGCAGCCCGAACCAUGCCCCAGGUGUCAGGCCCUGAGCCCCAGAGGACUGGAUACAGAUGGCUGCAGUGUGAGAAGACCUCCCAGAGACCAGGAUUCCUGGGGUUGGACUGGCCCUCCCAAGAGCCCCACAGUCCCUCUGGCUGUGCCCAGCUUCUGGGUCAUAAUAAGCUUCCUACAGUGUGUCUAGCUCCCUUCUGGGUCAUUCUUCUAGUAGGUCAGUGGAAGGCUCUAUCCGUGGUUAAGGCUUCCCGGUCACAAGGCCUGGGUUCGAUUCCCAGGGCCAGCCACCGCUCACUCACUGGAUUAUUAAGAAAGAGACCUUUCCCAAGUCUCAGUUGCACUGAUUGUAAAAUGGGCUCACUGAUAAUACCCACUUCUUAAACUUGUAGGAUAAAGUGGGCAAUACACGCAAAGCCCUUGAAAGUGACUGGCCCUAGUAAAUGCUCAAUAAAUGUUAGCUAUCCUGUA